GGCGAGUUCAGCUUCGCCGAGGUUUUCUCCCUGACGCACCAACCCGCCCGCAUGGAAGCUGCCAAGGCUCGCUACCGUGCCGGCAAGGAGCUGCUGUGCCAGCACGCAGCCCGGGACCCUGCCUUGCCCUGUGUCCACUUCUUCACGGCCACCCCUGACCCCUCCAGGUCUGUCUUCAAGCCCUUCAUCUUCGUGGCCAACCUCAAGCCCACGCCGCAGGUGAGAUCUCCCACCUUCCAUGAUGACCCCGCCAAGAAGAUCCCGCGGUUCCAGAGCACGGUCGACCGGCGGCACGAGCUUUACCGCCGGCAGGAGCUGAUGGAGAGGGACCAGGAGCAGGGCCAGAAGCUCCUGCAAACACUGCGGGACCUGGAGAAGCAGGGACUGGAGGGGAUGAAUGCGCUGCUGGAGGGGAUGGAGACCCCCCACCCGGAGGAACUGGCUGAUCUCUUCUUUGACUGUGUGGAGACAGAGAUGAAGUUUUACACAUAA